CGAUACUCUGGUUGCAAUCAUUAAAGCUUAUAGGAAACGAAAGGAUCAAGACAAGACUGAAGAUAUUGCAUUUUUAUUAGACCAAUUAGGAGAUAGAAAAACUAGAAUAGGUGGAAUCGAUACAAGGUACCUUUACUCUGUAAACAGGAGUUUAUCCAAAAUUAAAAGGAAAUCAAAUUUGCAUGAAACCAUGUCAGAGAGUGAAUUCAGCUCAAAUGGAUCGGAGAAAGAUGAAGGUAAUGAUGAUUUUUCAUACCCAGAUCCAGAGUUAAGGAAAAAAGUAAAAAAAACUAAUACUGUUAUGCUUCCAAAAGAUAUUCUCAAGAGAACUGCUGAUACUGCUGUUGGGGAACGAAUAAGUCAUAGGCAGCAUGCUUCCAUAAUUAAUAGUAUAAUCGCUAAAUCGGGUGGAAAUGUAGCUGAAUUUAAAUCUUCAACCUCUACAGCAUUACGCGCUGCAGAUAAGGUCAUUCAUGAUGAAUCAAAGAAGAUCAAGGAUGAUUUAAGAAGUUUAAGAAAAAUCAAUAAGAACAUUUUAGUCCAACUCCAUUUUGAUGGAAAAUGUAUGUCAUGAAUAUACUGAUGGGAAAAAAUUGGAACAAGAUCGAUUAGCAAUAUUAAUAAACGCUAACAAGGAAACGCACCUGUUGGGAAUUCCACCCAUUUCUUCUGAAACUGGCGAAAAUCAAAAAAAUGCAAUCAGAGAUAUCUUAAAUAACUUUAACCUUACAGACAAUAUACAAGCUGUAACAUUUGAUACUAGCAGAAUCAACGCUGGAAAAAAAAAUGGAGCUGUAUCUUUACUGGUAAAUGAAGUCUUUCAACGACCAGUUCUAUCUAUUGCAUGCCGACAUCAUGUCAAUGAGCUACACAUAACACAUUUCUGGAAAAAUUAUCAAAGUAGCAUUACUUCUGGACCAGAUAAUCUGCUGUUUAAAACUUUAAAAUCAGCAUGGAAUGAUCUUGACGCAGACAACCAGGUUUUGAGAAGAUUGACUAUUCCCGAGGAAACAUGGCUUGGUCAUCAAAAGCAUGAAAGCAUAACGUUCUGCAGAAAUAUUAUCACCAGUGGGUCUCUAAAAAAGGAUGGGGCUACAAGGAAGGACUACAUUGAGCUGGCAGAGCUUACACUUAUGGUGCUUUCUGAGGACAGGUACAAAUUUCGUAUUCCCGGAGCAGUCCACCAUGCCCGCUUUAUGGCAAAAGGUAAGGAAUUGUAGGUUCAUGAUAAAAAA